CAAUUGAAUUGAACUGAUUGCUGCACUCGGAAUUGAGUUAAAAAUUCGAUAUUGACAAUGAGCGGACGAAAAAGAAAAGGAGUUGGUGCUAUAUGUGGAUCGAGACCGAAAAGACGUAAAGUGGGCAAACUUCCAGAAGAAAGUGGAUUGUUAGCCAUAAAGGUAUCCGCCGCAACGGCAGUCAAAGAGGAAUAUCACGAUAUUGUGCUGCCAUGGAUUGCGAAGAAGAGUAUCGAGUGUACAAAAAUCUGUGAGCUGGCGUCGCUUUUGUUUUUACACAAAGUGAAACUUGCCAAUGAAGAGGCCAUUUUGACGAACAACUGGAAAUUUUUUGAUGAAGGUGAUGGUAUCCACAUAAUUGAAGGAUGCUUCUUUGCUGUGUUGCGCAAAUAUAAAGAAGAGAACGACAUGGUGCCUGAAUUUCGAGACAUAGUCGAGGCAUUGGACGGAGACAAUCGGUUCGCAUGGCCCAAUAAUGAUUAUUUUGGGAAUCUUAUGAGAUAUUUAUUCCAACAACAUGCACGAAAUGCCAUAACCAACCUCACCACACACGAUGACAAACGACUUCGUGAGUACCUGAGAUUGUUGGUGUGGGAACACAACGUCGACAAUCUGGAUCCAAACGACGUAUUUGAUGAACAUGAUGUCAACAAUGCAGUGAAGUGGGCCAUUGAAAGAUACGAUUCAACCAGAGGUGAUGCGAUUAGAUUGGACAAACGGAAUCGGUUGCUCACUUGUGUGCGAAAUAUUGGCGGACCAAAAGACGACAACAUCGCAAAAGAUACAAAAGAGAAUUGGUUCGCGACGUUGCCAAUGUGGCUUCAUAUGCAAAAAAAGAUCGAUGAUUAUCACAAUUGGGUACAAAACAACCUCGAAAAUAUUCCGGCUGACAUUGAGCUUCCCAUAAUCAAAAAUCUUUCAGUAUUACCAAUUUGCACACAUUUGCGAAAGAAUAUUAAAAUUGAUGCCGAUAUAUUGUAUCGAAUGAUGUGUGAAACCAAAAUCAUCCCGUUAGAUGAGUAUGGACGCCAAGUUGAUGGUACACAUGUCUGUGAAAACAAGGUUCAUUAUUUCAAUGAGAUUUUCGACAUGAACAAAAUCAAUGGAAUAUUGAACGCGAACAAAGAAUUUCAUUAUCAUGUUGUAACCGAUGGUGUGUCAGCAUCGAUUUUAUACGACGUAUCGCGAAAUACAUUGGAACAGUUGGUGAGUGAUGAACUCAUAAAAAAGCGUUACGAAGAUGGCGUUUACAUCUACGAAUUGGGAAUCGAUCCGGGCAUGAAAACGUGGAACGCGACCGUUAGACGGCAUAUCGACUCCGGCAAAGAGAUGAAUUUCAAGACCAGCAGUAAGAAAUAUCAUUACCUGACGAAGCAAGGAGUACGAAACCGAAAAGCGAAGCGGUGGACACGUGGGUUUGUCGCCUUUGAACAAAACGAUCGAAAUGACCGAACCCGUUAUCCGCAAAUGCCGAGUCCAAAAGGAGAAAAUUGGAGAGACUAUAUAAGUCAUCGCUUGAGGAUUAUGAAGAAAGCCAUUGACGUGUAUACGAGCGAAAGAUACACCCGUCUACGAUUUGAUAAAUAUAUCGAAUCGAAUCGAGUAUGUGACAAGAUUGCUGCAAUGCUGACAAAUGGUAAGCCUUGCAUAAUUUUCUUGGGAGCGGCGAAUAUCUCACCCAACUCGCCGAUAAAGAUUAAAAAGAACAUUCGCUGCCCUGGUAACCGGAAGCUGAUUAAAAGUUUUAAGAAAAUGCUGGGCAACGUGGUGAAAAUGGUGAAUGAGUUCCGAACGUCUCGACUGUGUGCACGCUGCUUCGAGCCAUUUCCUUUGGAAACAUUGGGUCAUCGUUUCAAAGUGUGCGAAUGGUGUGUGCCAGAUAACAACGACUGGCCAGAAGGAUUGAAACUACCCGAAAAAAUCGUGACGAUGAAGAGCAAACGAAUGCUGCUAUCGGAACGACAAGAAUUGCGCGAUGCAAUGGUUGCGAAUCCAAAUCAAGCUGUUGGUUUUGUGUCAAAGGUCAUUUGUUACCGAAAAAACUGGCGACAAAACGCGGCAUACGAUGCGGUUAACAACGUUGCUCAGCUACCAGGCAUUAUUCGCGACGAAAAUGUCAUCGAUUUUACAGAGGAUUACAUGCUACUUGAUGAUGACUUUUAUGUCGCCGAAGAGGAAGACUAUUUGGCCGUCCUGAACACUAUUUGGCACCGGGACAUUGCAGCUGCAAAGCUGAUAAUGUACAAAGGCCAUUGUGGACUUUUCGGAUUUGAGCUGCAUCGUAACUUCACCGUUGAACGCCUCGUCUAUCCAAGAUGGAUUCGAAUCCACUAACGAGAUAGAAUUAAGAUCGAUGAAUUUAAAAUUUGAAACUAAUUAAUGUAAUAGGAUAUUAUAUGUAGCUGGGUCGAUUUAGUGACCCAGGUUCUAUCGAUAGAAUUUAGAGGAAAGAAUAUGUAUAGGUUGUUCUCUAUCUAUUCUAUUUGAUGUUCAUAGAAUAGGUAUUGAAUUUCUAUGCCAAUAUUUUAGUCCUUCGAUAAUAGUUCAUGGAUAGAUAGAGUACAUUCGGGAAGAGUUUUCAUAUAUGAAAAACACCCUAAUGUAUACAUAAUCGAAUGCCAACAGAAAAAAAAGAGAACUUAAAUCAACAGUUCAAUUUUUAUGGUUGUGAGAUGCUUUGAUUGUGGCGGUGAUAAUUUUGAAAUAUUAUGUCACAUUUUCACUUUUUACGAGUUUUACUUUGUGCUCAUUUUUGUGCGAUCGAUAUGUUCGAUAAGUACAAAGUGAACAGAAAAUAAGCCACGUUUUUUGCGCAACUACUUCAAUCACAACAUUUCAUACUCUUUUUUUUGGCAAAGAAAAUCAACAUUCAGCAUACAAAUGAACAUUCAAAAUGUCUAUGGGCAUAUGCCGAUCGUCAAUAUCGCCAAUCUACUACCGAUGUUCAUCAUGGCUUUAAUUAAACAGUGAUUGCUUUCAUUUUAUCUCAAUUAAAACAAGUUUUGUACUGGAUUUUAAUGAAACAGGGCGAGUAAAUGAGCUCGUUCGAUAAGUCAAAAGGUUUAACAAAUCAUUAAAUCCAUUAGGUGAUCUGUAUGAUCGUUUAAUUAUUAUUUA